AGGUCUGCAAGUUUGCCACGUCUGUGCCGUCGGAAACGGCUUCGUUACAGCCUCCACGGGAUCGCCACAGCUGCAGUGGUUUUCGCGCGAAAUCAACGGAGAAAUCCUGGCAGAAGCCGCAAUGGUCAGCAGCAGUGGAGUGGUACUGGAUUUGUCGGCCUGUGGGGAUUUGUGCGCUGCGUUGCAUUCCUUGAUGACGGUGACGCUAUGGCAAGGCACCCUACGUUUGGAGGUGCUUCGAAUUUCCAUGAAUGGCAUUGGCCACUCUUUGUCGAGAAGCUUGGGGCCAAUAAGGAGUCCAAAAUGAGGAACAAACCUGCGAAGAUCUUCGCGCAGAAAUCGCGCGGUGGGCGGAAAAAUCAGAAGGGGAAACAAUCCAGGCAGCAGUGAGCUGCACCUAUGUGCUCCAGCGGCAGUUGGAGGGAUGCAUUGCCCACCUUUUCCGCACCAGCGCAGAUGGCGGACCUGUGUCCGGAGGUUUCAAUUCAUGUGUGUGUGUGUGUGUCCUAAUAGCUUUUUGUAUUCCGC